AUGUUAAAGUACUGGUACAUCGCCCAGGAUUUUGCCCCCAUCACGCCUCAUACUGAAACUGGUACUCUGCUCUAUAUUCCUACAACCUUGGAUGCUUUGGAAGUGUUAUCUCCUGCCUGGGACCCUCAUUAUGAAGACCCACCAUCUUCAGAAGGUGGAGAUGCUAAAUGGGAUUCUUUCCUGCACAAUGAUGACAUGUGGACAAUAGAUCUGGUGCCUCUUCUUCCCAAAAGCCCUUUGCCCCCCAUCCCCACUACUCGUCCAUCAUCCUCACCAUGA